AUGUCAUUUAUCCCUCUGACACCUUUGAAUAUUAAAGCUUUUCAGAACUAUGGAUCUAUUAUCUCUCCAGAUGAAGAGGUCGAACAAUUAGAUUCGGAGCAGAAGAACGCUAACCAAGGAACUGCAAUAAAACUAAUAAAAGUAAGCUCUUUACAAAACAAUUUCCCAGAACAAUACAAGAUCAAAAACCCAAAUUGCAACUUAUUCAGAUGUUUCCCUAAGGAACAUAUGAGGAAGAACUUCGAAUGCGUCAAUCAAGACAGCUCCGAAACAAAUGUAGUCUUGCACGAGUUAAAAGUGCUUGAAAAGCACCCAUUUUCCUCUCAAACUUUCAUUCCAAUGGGGAGGUCUACAUCCAUGGGAUUUGCAUACAUAGUAGUCGUUGCAUUACCAAAUGAAAAAGGGGAACCAGACUUACUUACACUAAAAGCGUUUCUAUGUAAACCCAAUCAAGCAGUUACCUACGGCGCAGGAGUCUGGCAUGCUCCUAUGAUUGUAAUUGGCGAACACCCGUACCUGGACUUUACUGUUAUCAUUAACGAAUUAUUUGAUAUACAAAAACCAGAGUUUGAUUUACAAGAACGCUUCUUUGACCAGCAAUUAUAUUUAAGGCUGAUUACCAGAUCACAAUAG